ACCAUUGCACAUUCUUCCCUCUACUCUCUUCUGUCAACCCUUUUGGUUUUACUCUCUUGUUCACACCAUGGAACAAACUCUAGGCUUACUAGGUGGUGGUUGUGGUGGUGGUGGAAGUGGUGGUGGACCUGGUGGCAGUAGUGGUGGAAGUGGUGGUAGUGGUUUGUCAAAUGAAACUGCAUCAUCAGCUGUGUCCAAAGUGGAGAAAGAUUAUAUGGGCUUGUCUUCAGAGGGUUCAUCUUAUGAAAAUGAAGAGGAAAUUGAGUUGGGGUUAGGCCUGAGUCUCAGUAGUGGUGGCGGUACUGGUGGGGUGGGAAAGAAUAAAGGGUCAUUGUGGGGCGACUAUGGGAGGAUAUUGACUGCCAAAGACUUGCCUAACGGCUUUUCUGGAAGAGCCGGUGGUGUUUCUGGUACAAAAAGAGCUGCUGAUUGUGUUAGUCCUGCUGAGAAUGUGCCUGCCUCCACUGGAGUCAGCAGUCAGGUAGUUGGAUGGCCUCCUAUUAGAGCAUUCAGAAUGAAUAGCUUGGUUAACCAAUCAAAGAAUCCAAAUGUUGAAGAAGAUAAGGGAGUUGGCGGGAACGAAAAGAAGGAAAAUUUGAAGAAGAAAACCAACUAUGGAAAUCACAAGACUGAUGAUACCCCAAAGGACAAAGGUCAUCUUGGUUAUAUAAAGGUGAAUAUGGAUGGAGUUCCCAUUGGAAGGAAAGUGGAUCUGAAUGCUCACAAUUGCUAUGAAUCCUUGGCCGAAGCAUUAGAGGAGAUGUUCUUUAAUACCAUUGCAAUUAGUGGUGAAAAGGAAUCAUCCAGACAGCCCCCAAAGCUUUUGGAUGAAUCAUCCGAAUUUGUGCUCACAUAUGAGGAUAAAGAAGGAGAUUGGAUGCUUGUGGGAGACGUACCAUGGGGGAUGUUUCUAUGCACUGUCAAAAGGCUCAGGAUAAUGAGGAACUCAGAGGCUAAUGGAAUUGCUCCAACAAUCCAACAAAGGCAUGAAAGACUGAAGGGCAAGCCAAUUUAAAUGAGUGCUGGUUCUUCUCCAACUACAAAACGGCAGAAAAAAAAUGAGGCCACAGCUUGAAAAGGAAACGAAGGAAAAAUACAGAACUCUUAAAGAGUUACAAGUUACAACAGCUCACUGAGAUGUCCUAAUUGUUGUUGCUUUUGGUUGCAUUUUUUGUUUUAUUGUGUUCAGAGUCUAGUAUGUCCUAUUCAAAUCAGUUUUUGCAUAUCUUUUUUAGUCAUACACAUACUUUUUCAAAGGCCGUCCCAUAAUGUAAAUAUGUGUUGCUUUAUAUCCAGCUUCAUGUGUUUGCUGAGAACAAUUUGAUUUUUUUUUUUUCAUUAUUUCUUGCUAAAUAUCUUUGGAUUGUAUGAAAGAAGUUGUGUUUUCUUGUGCGUUAGAUGAUUA